GUUUUUGACUUUUCUUCGGACGGAAACUAUGAGUAUCACGACUUUAGCUUUGGGUCAUUGAAGCCGUACGACAGAUUGAUCAAAGUGGCUGAGAGUACCUUCGACUGGAAAACGUGGAAGGAUGAGUGGAUAAGAUACAUUGCACUCGAGGAUAAGGCGAAGUCUAUCCAUCUACCUCCAGGAACUCUGAUCAUGUCGUUAAGGCUGACAAAGCACACACGUUAAAUAUAGUCCAUCCUCAAAAAAACAAAUAGCAAAGAUCAUCACGAUCAACCACAUCCAUCUCCAUCAGAGGCGCGUCGGGGUCUCCAACUUGUUCUUUUUGGUAUACUCAUACUCAAAAUGUUGAUAUAAGAAAAGGUAGAAUUGCUCGUAUUCAUAAAAAUUUGAUGCUGACGAGUUUCUUUUGUAGUAGUUUCUGCCCACUCUAACUUUCGGCAAGUCCAAGAUUCGCGGGUAUUUUGCGGGUUCUCAGGGUCAGGAUCCAAGAAUUGAAACGACGAACACUAAGCGGUCACUGCUUGUAGUCAAGAAUCUCGAAGGGAACAACGGCGGGUUUCCGGAGUUCGAAGUGAAGGAAGUCAUGGUCUACAACAUCGAAGGCACAAUCGAGAUCGAGAUGCUAAGCGGAUUGCAGUAUAUUGAGCAGUACUACCUUUACGGAGGAUACAACUUUAUAUUUAGUAGAUACGAAAAAAGGAAACCCAUCACUCAUCAGCCAAUUAUAUGUACUGUUCUCUCUGGUAUUAGGUAACAUGAUUUUGAUGGCAAGGGUUCUCUUGUUGCUAUUCCUUGUGAUCACAAUCAGGCUACUGAAUUCCAGAACCAUCCAGAAUAUGUAACAAGAACAAUGCCAAUAUUAUUAUAAUAUGCCUGCGGAUAUUGAAAUUGAUUAUGAAGUCAGAGUCACGGCAACUAUGAUUCAUUCUUCUGCUUGUAGAUGUAGCUUCUGUCUUGAUUUUAUUUUUUGUUGCCUCCCCGCCUACAUUCUUGAUUCAUGACGAAGCUGGAUCCGGAUGUUCUCGUCAUGAUCGAAAUAAGAGAGCCCGAUAAAUAAAGUGAUGUCGUUGAUGAUCUUGAUCUAGAAACAUCUAAUGCUCUAGAAACAUCUAAUGCUUCCGUGAGCAUGCGGACGGACAACAACAGGAAAAAGGCUCAAAGGGGGUUGCUACAUUGCAAUCCCUUGCCAAAAAUGGGUCCUAUUGGAAGCGCGUCCCCGUGCGCCUCGGUAUUGACACAGUGCUUCCAAACUUCGUUACUCUGUUCUCAGUGUCAUCUACCACGACUCGCUGUACCUCCUCCACGUCUUUGAUUACGAUUUGUGGCACAGUGUUUGGAUUAGAGCUAGAAAGCAGAAGUUCUGUAGAAGUAGCUAUGACUAUGUCUUCAUAGAAAAGAAAAAAACGACGUUGCUUUUGAUUGAUCCUUCAUCAUCGGCGAUGUUUGGAUGAUGGAAGAAAAGGUGAUCAGAGAUCGUUCGAUAUCGCUUUAGCUUUUCGGUUUCACUGUCUCAUCUCAGUGUCAGUUGUCUCGCUGACGGUGGACCUGAUACUACUGGAGUGAGCCAUACACUAAGAAUCUUCCUGUUAAUAAUGAACCUCCCAUCACCACCACAUUACAGAUCAUCCAACCGGAACCGCAGGAGCAAUCGCAGGUGAUGAAGAGACUGAGACUGUGACUGGCAAAGGUGUUGCUGCAGAUGAUCCAACCGGAACCGCAGGAGCAAUCGCAGGUGAGAAGACUAACACGAGGAAAGGAUCGGGCGUUGUUGCUUCUGCUUCUGCUGGUUUUGGUAGUGCUGUUCGUGCUGUUCGUGCUGCUGCUGCUGCUGCUGCUACUAUUUUCGGCAGGGGCCGCGCUAGCGGCUCAGAAUCAGCCUCGCCGCGCGAUAGUGCAAGUGCUGAGCCUAAUCCUCAAAUGUUAUGACGAUUUGCUGAUAGACAGGGAUAGGG